AGCAGCCUCCGGAGCGGAGACGCUGGAAAUGCCACGAAGGGAAGUGUGAGCCGUGACGUUCCUGUGCCUCCUGCAGACUCGUCCCCGCAAGAUGUCGGCCCUGCGGACGCGGACGCUGCCCACCCUGCUGCUGCUCCUCACCGCCACAUGCCUGGGGGAACUUCUGGAUAUUUGCGGCUAUAUCGACCCUGAGUCUCCGGUUGUGCAGCUUGGUUCUAAUUUCACUGCGGUCUGUGUGCUCAAGGAAAAAUGUAUGGAUUAUUUACACGUCAACGCUGACUACAUCUUCUGGAAGACAAACCACGUGACGGUGCCUCGCGAGCAGUACACUGUCAUCAACAGCACGGCGUCGAGCGUCACCUUCCCAGACUUCUCCCUGUUAAACACCCAGCUCACCUGCAACAUCCGCACGUUCGGGCAGAUCGAUCAGAACGUGUAUGGGAUCAGCAUCGUUUCCGGCCUGCCUCCAGAAAAACCUAAGAACUUGAGUUGCAUCGUGAACGAAGGGAAGAGAAUGACCUGUCAGUGGGACCCGGGGCGGGAGACGUAUCUGGAGACAAACUUCACCCUCAAAUCUGAAUGGGCAACGGACAAGUUUCCUGACUGUAAGACGAAGCGCGGCAGCCCCCCUGCGUGCACCGUGGAGUACCUGCCCGUGUACUUCGUCAACAUGGAGGUCUGGGUGGAGGCGCGGAACGCCCUGGGGGAGGCCACGUCCGAGCACAUCAACUUCGACCCCGUGAAUAGAGUGAAGCCCGUUCCUCCGCGCAACGUGUCCGUCAGCAACUCGGAGGAGCUGUCCAGCAUCUUGAAGCUGACCUGGGUCAACUCCAGCAUCGACAAGUUCAUCGGCCUGAAGUACGACAUCCAGUACCGGGCCCGGGGCACCGCGGCCUGGAGCCAGAUUCCUCUUGAAGACACAGCGUCCACCCGCUACUCCUUCACGGUCCAGGACCUGCGGCCCUUCACGGAGUACGUGUUCCGGGUGCGCUGCAUGAAGGAGGACGGCCAGGGCUUCUGGAGCGACUGGAGCGAAGAGGCGCGGGGGACCACGUACGAGGACCGACCAUCCAAGGCGCCGAGCUUCUGGUAUAAGGUGGAGCCGUCCCCUGCUCACGGCUACAGGUCCGUGCGGCUCCUGUGGAAGACCCUGCCUCCGUUUGAAGCCAAUGGGAAAAUCUUGGAUUACACAGUGACUCUCACGAGAUGGAAAUCACAUUCACAAAACUACACAGUCAACGACACGAAGCUGACCGUGAACCUCACCAACGAUCGCUAUAAAGCAGCCCUGACAGCCAGGAACCUGGUCGGCACGUCCGACGCCGCUGUGCUCACCAUCCCUGCCUCUGACUUCCCAGCUACUCGCCCCGUAAGGGAUCUGAAAGCGUUUCCCAAAGACAACCGGCUGUGGGUGGAGUGGACCGCCCCCCGAGAGCCCGUGAGCAAGUACAUCCUGGAGUGGUGCGUGCUGUCGGACAAGGCGCCCUGCGUCCCCGACUGGCAGCAGGAGGACGGCGCCGUGCACCGCACCCACCUCACAGGGAGCCUGGCAGAGAGCACCUGCUACCUGAUCACGGUCACCCCGGUGUACGGCGACGGGCCGGGGAGCCCCGAGGCCGUGAGGGCGUACCUGAAGCAAGCCCCGCCUUCCAAGGGCCCUAUCGUGCGGACGAAGAAGGUGGGGAAGAACGAAGCCGUCCUGGAGUGGGAGCAGCUCCCUGUCGACGUGCAGAACGGCUUCAUCAGGAACUACACCAUCUUCUAUAAAACCAGCCUGGGAAACGAGACGGCCGUGAAUGUGGACUCCUCCCACACGGAGUACACGCUGUCCUCGCUGACGAGCGACACGCUCUACAUGGUGCGCAUGGCGGCCUACACGGACGAGGGCGGCAAGGACGGCCCCGAGUUCACCUUCACCACCCCCAAGUUCGCCCAGGGCGAGAUCGAGGCCAUCGUGGUGCCCGUGUGCCUGGCGUUCCUGCUGCUCACGCUGCUGGGCGUGCUGCUCUGCUUCAACAAGCGGGACCUGAUUAAGAAGCACAUCUGGCCCAACGUCCCCGACCCGUCCAAGAGCCACAUCGCUCAGUGGUCGCCGCACACGCCGCCCCGGCAUAACUUCAACUCAAAAGACCAGAUGUUCUCGGACGGCGCGCUCACGGACCUGAGCGUGGUGGAGAUCGAGGCGAGCGACAAGAAGCCGCUCCCGGAGGAGCUCAAGGCCCUGGACCUGUUCCGGAAGGAGAAGCUGAGCACGGGCGGCCACAGCAGCGGCAUCGGCGGGGCCCAGGGGCCAGAGAGGUUGGAGACGGGUGGGGUGGAGGCCGCGCUUGACCUUGACGAGGGGCUGCCGAAGAGCUACCUCCCGCAGACAGUGCGGCCCGGCGGCUACGUGCCCCAGUGA